AUGGCGAACUCGAAACAGGUGGCAGAAUUGCCACGCUUCCUCCUCCCCCGUUUGACUUGGACUACGACUUCGUUCGUCCAGGCUGCUCCGCAGACAGUUCACAUUUCCCCUACAAUUAAUCGAAAGCCCAGCCUCCCAUCAUUUCAAACAGUCUCCAAGCCUCGUACAAUACAUAGCAGCGCUGCUAGAAACUUGAACAUUUCCAAGACUCCGUGCUCCCCACGAUCUCUGAGACGACCACAAACCUACGCCCAACCACUACCGCCCGACUCAGCUCCAAUCCGGCACAAUGGCGUCUACGUCGCCACUUAUAAACCUGCGCGCAAGGCCUUCUCCUCGAGUACAGUGCAGAGGAAGGAGCACCAUUUUGACACAUUGAAAUUUGUCCAGAGAUUAAAAGGGGAAGGGUUUAGUGAAGAGCAGGCUGUGGCCAUGAUGCGCGUUUUAAACGACGUGAUAGAAGAGUCCAUUCAGAACCUCACUCGGACCAUGGUUCUUAAAGAAGACGCGGAGAGAACAACAUAUACCCAGAAGGUGGACUUUGCCAAACUCAGGAGCGAGCUGUCAAACGCCGACAGCACUGAAGCACAGCUCACACGGUCAAGCCAUGAGCGCUUGUCCAGCGACCUGGCGAAACUGAGCGCAAGACUACGCGAUGAGAUCGGUCGUACUCAAGCUAGCGUGCGUUUAGACCUGAAUCUUGAGAAGGGCAGAAUACGAGAAGAAGCGAAUGGUCAAGAGAUGCGUAUCAAGGAAACCGAAGCCAGAAUCGAGCAGGAGGUCGCCGGACUCAGGGAGCGUGUUGAGGCAGUAAAGUUCUCGACCCUGCAAUGGCUCAUGGGUGUUUGCACAGGCACAGCCGCAUUGAUUUUGGGUGCCUGGCGUCUGUUGAUGUGA